CAUCAUUCGAUUCGAUCUCGCCAAGCUGAACAGGCCGCUUUUUAUCAGUAGAAUCCAUUCAGUUAAGUCAGUUUUCAGUGUGCCAGUGUAACUGUCAACCGUAAAUCGUGUUGUCUGUUUAUAUUUCAAUAUUUUGUUCGUGUUUGUUAUAAUUUACACUUUAUUUAUUAUAUAUUAAAUAAACAAUCAUUAAAUACUCAAUAGUUUCAUAUAAAAUAUCAAAGUAUGAGUGACAACAAGGAAGAUAAAAAGCAAAUACGUGUGUGGUGUGAUGGAUGCUAUGACAUGGUUCAUUUUGGCCAUGCAAAUUCUUUGAGACAAGCAAAAGCUCUUGGUGGUGUAUUAAUAGUAGGCGUACACACAGAUGAAGAAAUCUCAAAACAUAAAGGCCCUCCUGUCUUUACACAGGAGGAGAGAUACAAAAUGGUUCGUGCUAUAAAAUGGGUCGACCAAGUGGUGGAGGGAGCACCUUAUGUUACAACAUUAGAAACGUUAGAUAAAUAUCAAUGUGAUUUUUGUGUGCAUGGAGACGACAUCACAGUAACUGCAGAUGGAAUUGAUACAUAUCAUUUGGUCAAAGAAGCUGGGAGAUACAGAGAAGUAAAUAGAACUGCUGGUGUGUCUACCACAGAUUUGGUAGGAAGGAUGCUAUUACUUACAAGAGAACACUUCAAAGGUGACAAAGAAUACUCAGUAGCCCUGGAACACUCGUCAAAUCUCGGUACAGAUUCAACUGCAAGGUCACCUUACACUGGCUGUUCACAGUUCUUGCCCACCACUCAAAAGAUCAUCCAAUUCAGCAGCGGCCUCUCACCAAAACCUUCCGACAAAGUAGUGUACGUCGCGGGGGCGUUCGAUCUGUUCCACGUGGGACACUUGGACUUCCUCGAAGCGGCGCACGCGCACGGGGACUUCCUCAUCGUGGGCCUGCACACCGACCUCGAAGUGAAUCGAUACAAAGGCUCUAAUUAUCCCAUAAUGAACCUCCACGAACGUGUGCUCUCUGUUCUUGCUUGUAAGUACGUUCAUGAAGUGGUGAUCGGAGCGCCGUACAGCGUGACAGCGGAAUUAAUGGAUCACUUCAGAGUAGAAGUUGUGUGUCAUGGCCUAACGCCCAUUGCGCUGGACGCCGAUGGUUCUGAUCCUUACAAAGUGCCCAAACAACGUGGAUGCUUUAAGGUAUUAAAUUCGGGCAACAACAUGACAACUGAGGACAUAGUUCAACGAAUAAUCCGCCACAGAUUAGAAUUCGAAGAAAGGAACUCGCGCAAAGAACAAAAAGAAAUCGCCGUAAUGAAGUCAGUACAAAAAGAACAUAUUAAACAGAAUGGCAAUUGUGAAUACAAGGGAUAUUCUGGUUAAUAAACAUUAGAACAAAAACUAAAUUAUCUGUACCCAGUACAUUCGUUGAAAGUUCAUGAUACUCUGAAUAUUAUUUCUCAUUCGAUAAUGGCUUUCAAUUAAAAUAAUUUUAUUAUUAAUAAAUAAAUUAUAUUUAGUAAUAUAUUGUAUAAUAUUAGAUACAAUCGUAAUAUCAAAUUAAAAGUAAUCAAUCUUAAGCUAAACAAACUGUAUUCAUUCGCAUUUUAUAGAAAUAAAAUUCUUCCAUUCCGAAAAAUAAAUUAAUUGUUAUUAUGUCAAACAAAUAAUGUUGACGAAUAUAUUGAAUUUCAAUGAAUUUUAAAAUUUA